AUGCAUCGGUUUCCAGAAGUGCCGAAAAUGUUAGGAGAGGCUCCUCGAGGUGAGAGUAGUGGUUCUUUGAAGGAACAGCUAAUGUCUGAAGGGGUGAAAGAGGUUUUUGUAGCUGCUGUUGUUCUUGAUGAUGAAAAUGGCGAUAGAGAUCCAGGAGCUUCGUCUAUUGAACAACAGGCUAUUUUAUCUGAUUCUGUUAUUCGCGAGAAUUCAUCAAUGAUCGAAGUAGAAGUGUGA